AUGGCAAGAGGUCUUCAAAAGAUCGAAGCUCAACAAAAGGCUCUCGCAGCCAAGAACAAAGGCGGCAACUCAAUCCUGAAGAAAGAUAAAGGUCAUCGCUUUACCUGCGCUGAGUGCAAAUCUGAGAUCGACAACAAGAAUAACAUGGCCAUCCAUUGGGAAGCCAAGCAUCCUAAGCUGGCUACACCUACUGAUGACUUUGCCUCAAUGGCAAGAGCUCCUCCACCACCAAACCCAGCAAAGCCUUCGAAAAAAGUGGUGGAUCCUUCAAAGAAAUGA